GAAGCCCUUGAAGCCCUUGAAGCGAACCACUUUGCUGACCGUUCACUUGGUGAAAUAACCAAAUCAUCUCAAAUAAAUACGGUGAUACAAACCAGAACAGAGAGUAAAUUUGUACCAAAAACCAAAGUCCCCGAAAGUAUCGACUGGAGGGAUUAUGGUGUCAUUACACCAAUUGUGGACCAAAACUAUUGCUUGUCGUGUUGGGCUUUUGCUGUGGUGGCGGCAUUAGAAGGCCACGUUGGCAUACACCUUGGUCAAAAAAACCAAACUCUGAGUCAGGAAAACUUGAUUGAUUGCGUCUACUCCGAUUUCCAGUGCAAGCAAGAAAUGAAAAGGUCAGCUCUGGUUGAUUGUUACCAAUACAUGGUCAACAGCGGAGGGAUCGAUACUUUGGAAUCAUACCCUUACGACCAGAAACCACCCCUGUGUCGUUUCAAGCCGGAAAAUAUUGGUGCCAGUAUCCAAGGAUAUGGUACUGUUACUGAAGGUGAUGAGGAAGAGUUGAAGGCAGUUGUGGGGACACUUGGACCCGUUUCUGUGAUUGUAACAGCUGAUCUUAUCUUUAUCUUGUACCGUAAGGGAAUUUACUUUAAUGACAAUUGGUUGAACGCCUCAGAACCCUACAAUCAUGCACUUACUGUAAUUGGUUACGGUUCCGAAAACGGGCAAGAUUAUUGGAUUGUGCGAAACGAAUGAAGCCGAGUAUUUGGAGAAGAUGGUUACAUCAGAAUGGCCAGAAAUCGGGACAACAAUUGUGGAAUUGCAACUUACGCCAGUUAUCCCGUUGUAAAUAAAUAAUUAGGUUUUUGUAGUUGUAAUAAUAAUAAAAUCUUGAUGGGUCAUAAAA